UAAUUUGUGUGAUAGCUACUCUUCAGUCAAGUCCGGUUGAUUUUUCAAGUUAGUAAGCUUAUCAAUAAGAACAAUGUUUUUUAUAAAAAUGGAAGUAAAGUACAUCAUCAUAACAAUGUGUAUAUUAUAUUCUAUUGCGAUGGAAAACACUCUCGAUGACGAGGAAAUAAUGCAUCUAUGGAAUACUUAUGAAACAGAAUACGGAAAGAACUUCGACAAUUUUAAGAUAGACGCGAAAAAUGGCCUCAUACCAAGUUUGCAGCAACCUGAAAUUGAUAAUCUAUUUAACGCGAUCAAAUCUGCAGAUAAAGAAUAUGUUACCUUCAGCGACUUAAGUAAAUAUUAUGGAGUUGACACAGAUGAACUCUUGGACAUGUUACAAAAACACGGAACCGUAUGUCAGGCUGAUCCUUUACCAGUUAGACAAGAAUACAAAAUGGAUCUUAAACAGUUUACAGAGGCCAUGAAACUAGGCAUCGUACCAAAAUUCUCUGAUAUUAAUUAUUUAUAUAACUUAAUAAAAACAUCUGAAUAUAGAGAAUAUAUUACCUUCACCGAGUUACGAAAUUUUUAUCAAAAGUUUUGUCCAAAUUAUGACACAGAUGAACUCUACCGCAAAAUGCAAGACCACGGAACCCAAUGUGAAGCUGAACCUGGACCAGUUAGAAAAAUAUACAAAAUGGAUAUAGGACAGUUUAGAAAGGUCGUGAAUCUAGGCCUCGUACCAAGAUGUGCUGGGUUGUAUGAUGUAUUUAGAGGAAUAAUCGGAGGUGAUAGAAGAGACUAUUUAUACCUCAGCGAUAUGAUUGCACACUACGGAACAGAUUACGAUCAUAAUAUUUUUUCACUGGAUCAUAUUAUAAAAAAGUAUGGAGUACCUAAAGGUAACGGACAGAGAUUAUACUUUGAUGGCUUUAGCAAAGCCAUGAGCCUUAAUUAUCUUCCAAAACCGCGGAUACUACAACACCAAAGGUGAUCGGAUGGUAGUCACCGAUAAGAUGCAAUUUUAAGAUAAACAGUAUAAUGAUAACCAAAAUUACUAAAUUGUCAUAAAAAUUAAUAAUUUGCUUAUUAUUUUGUCGCCAUAAUAAUUAUAAUAUGCUGUCUAAUUCUUAUUUGGACACUGUCUUUCAAUUCAAUAAAAAUUAUAUAUAUAUA